UUAGCAACUCCUGCAUCUGCAACUUUCCGCCCAUAACAAUGGCUUUGACGAGGCCUUGCCUUCUUCCGGUGCUCAUGUUUGUGGGUGUCCUUGCAUCCGUAGCUCUCGCCCAACAGGGGAAGAUCGCAGUCAUUGGCACCGUGCCAUGCAGCACCGCCACCGUCGCAGCGAAAUCAAUGCCUGCCUUUCCAAGGCAUGCGGAGUGGCAUCAGACGGCAUCACCCCGAGCUCUUGGGACAAGACGCGUCGCACGAUACCUUGAUGCGACGGUGCAGGUACAGUGUGGGAGCAGUGUCAUCGCCAGCACCACCACCAACAGCAAUGGAGCAUUUGCGAUGCUACUGAGUGAACAAACCUCAACUGUGUCCGAUCUUUUGAGUAGCUGCAAGCUAGUCAUCCCCACCCCUGUCUCCACCUGCGACGCGUCGCUCCGGGCCACCGGGAAGCUGCAGUCGCCCCUCCAACUUCUCUCAGGUACUGGUCUCGACGGACUUCUUGGGAACAAAAGCUUGCUCGGUGACAUUUUCGGUAAAGGCGGAUUGCUCGGUGGAAUUCUGGGAGGUGAUGGCCUUCUUGGUGGAAUUCUUGGCCCGUCCAAGUACACCGUCGCUGGGAACUGAGAAAGAAGACAGCGUUAUAUGAUCCGUCAUACGAACUUCAAAUACGUCCAUCUGCAUGCCUAUGUAUCCUCGGACUCCACUACAAACGAUAUGUUCCCUUAGCGAGCUUGAUGCUGGGAACACUAUGACCUUAUGUACCUUCUCAUAUGAGACUAUGAAUAAAAGGUAAAGCUUCUAUA